UAAAUCGGGAUCGGGAUCGGGAUUUUUGGAUAUUCCUACUUUCGAUUGAACAUAAUCAGAAAAAAAUGUAUCAUGUAUAUCGUUUGUAUUUUAGCAGUUAUAUCUCCUAUAUUGUUUUCUAUUGUCGUCCAAAUUGUGCAAGGUGAACUUAAUGACAGAUUACAUCAUUAUGAAGUUCUAAAGCUGUCUGACAUUUUACUGAGGGGACAAAAAGACCUCAAACUUCCAAUACUGGACAGUUACUCUUUCAUGAAAUUUGAGGCUUUUAAAAAGACUUUUGAAAUUGAGUUAGAAAAAUCCAGGGUGGUUACUCCAUCACUAGAAGUACUAACAGUGGAUGGAAGUGGAUUGGAGAAAAAGACCUUAUUACAGCAUACUCACUACUACACAGGAACACUAACAGAUGAUCCCACGUCAAGCUGUACAGUGACUAUUGAGUCCAAUGGUAUACUAGCUCACAUAUCUACUCAUGAGGAGGAAUUCAUUAUUGAACCAGCUUGGAGACACAAUCCCAAAUAUAUCAAUUCCUCAGACAUGAUGGUUUACAGGAAGUCAGACGUGAAAAACACAGUUCAAAACCACACCGUAGAAUGUGCAGGGGGCAAGGAUUUAAGGCACAUGAAUAUUUCCAAUAUGAAAAAGUUGAAAGAUGACUGGUAUUCUGGCAGACAUCGUAGAAGUGUCAACCUUGGGAAUCAGAAAGUCUGUAGAAUCCUAUUGGUUGCAGAUCACUACUUCUUUAAUGGGAUCGGUGGAGGGUCUAUUCCCAGCACUCAAAACUACAUGAUUAACAUGAUUAAUCAGGUGAAUGAGAUUUUCAAGAAGACAGUAUGGGGGGUGGGAGCCACAGACCUGGGACUGGAAAUCAGCAGGCUGAUUGUUUUUUCAAGUUUCUCAGAGGAAGGAUUCAAUGUUAAAGAUCGUAAAAUGGAUAUGAGCACUGUACUUAAGGAAUUUGGAAAGGCAUAUUUCAAUGAAAACAGCCAGUUUUGUCUAAUGCACCUUCUGACGUACACCCCGUUUGGCGGUAAACUGGGACUAGCGUUUGUGGCAUCCAGUCGUCCAUUUGACUGGGGAGGGAUGUGUUCCAGUGCAGACACUUGGGGGAAAGAAGCACUUAACACAGGAGUGUCAACAUUCAUGGAUCCUCAGGGAAACAGGCAGCUAUCAGUGGUUUCCAUGUCAACUGUUGCCCAUGAAAUUGGUCACAACUGGGGCAGUAACCAUGACCCAGACACGAAUGAGUGCUCCCCCUCCUCUACAUCAGGUGGAAGAUUUCUCAUGUUUUCUCGGGCCUUGAAGGGCGUGGCUAAUAACAACUUGAAAUUUUCCCCAUGCAGUACUAGAUCUAUUUAUGGUGUUCUGUCUACAAAAGGAUCUAAAUGCUUAACAGAACCGAGACAGGGCAUUGGUCUUUGUGGGAAUGGUAGAAUAGACGUGGGGGAAGAAUGCGAUCCAGGUGCUCUCCCUGAUGGAUGCUGUAGUAGCACGUGCCAACUAGCAUCUAAUGCUGACUGCAGUCCAGUGAAUUUUGCUUGUUGCACAGCUAGCUGUCAGAGAGCCAGCAAUAGGACAGAAUGUCGCCGAGCUGUUGAUGAUCAUAGCGAUUGCCUUGAGGCUAGUUACUGCAAUGGCAUUGAUUUGAACUGUCCGGCUCCUUCCCCUAAGGAUAACAUAACUUGUAUUGAUGGAGGAACUUGUAGGAAUGGAGUCUGUGUGGGUUUCUGCAAGGAUCGUGGGCAGUUGCCAUGUGUUUGCAGUGAUGAGUCGGGCAAUUCCUGCAGGAGGUGCUGUAGAGUUUCAGAAGGCGCUCAGUGCUCCCCUUAUCCUAAUGAGGGGCCACUCCCUGAUGGCCAGAUCUGUGUCAGUGGUUUUUGUAAACAGGGUACUUGUGAGAAGACUUCAUUGCCAGCACAACGACUUUGGAAAGUUAUUGUACAUCAGAUCACAAACUCAUUUGAGAUAUUCAUGAAAGACAACAUUGUGUUCUUUGUGACACUAUUCUCACUCAUUCUGUACAUUCCUUUUGCAAUAUUGCUAUACAGACAUGAUAAAAAACAAGAUGAAGCUGUUGAUACUUUAAGGGAAACGAGAAAUGUAGUUCGGAUGCCCAGCCAGAAUGACAUCAUUCGUGAUGUCAUCAAUGUAAGAGUGAAUGAAUUUCAGCGGAGAAGACAAUCCCGCGAAGAAUUCAGGGGGUCAGCAAACUCCAGAGCAGGACCAUCCACAGCUAGACCACCCACAGCUAGACAUGCACCCACAGCUAGAUCAUCCACAGCAGGACCAUCCACAGCUAGACAUGUACCCACAGCUAGACCACCCACAGCUAGACCACCCACAGUUAGAUCAUCCACAGCAGAACCAUCCACAGCAAGACCAUCCAUGGCAAAUCCACAAGAUUGGAUUUUUAGUAACAUCUCAGGAACAUACCUUUGAUUUUUGAUACCUUUGUUUUACUUAACAGCAAUCUCAAGAACUUGAAAUGCAUGCUUUUUUUUACAACUUGUCUUGUGUAUCAAUUUCAAAAGAUGCCUUGAUCAGAUGAAUUCCAAUUGCUUUCAUUCCAGGGAUAAGGGAGGGUAUUUUAUUUGCAUUUGGGUUAAAAGUAUUCUUUUUUGAAUACCCUUUUUUAAUCAUACAAGUUUAUAUUCUUAAAUAUAUUUCAAAAGUUAUUCUAUUUUAAGGAAAUAACAUCAAUAUAUGUUUAAGUUAAAGUUCAAAUUUUUUCAAUGACCUUUUUUCAAGCAAUAUUUUUAUAAGUACAUUAUAUGUAUAUAAACAAUAUUGAUCAAUUGAGAAUGAAAAUGUAUAUACUGUAAAUUCCUUAUAUUACGCAAGUACUUAAUUCCACGAUCCUGCUGUUUUGAAUAUAAAAUCGCGAAUGCAGAACAUUAAUCCAUUUCCCUAUACAGAGGGUUCCUAACUUUAAAAAAAUAAAUGCGAGUGGAUGCUUCUAAAGGUUUUACGCAGACAUAAGAUACUCGCGUUUAAUUAAGAAUUUACAGCAUUAUUUACUUAGAUAUUAUUGUUAGUGUGUUGAUCUCAUUCCUAAUAUUAGAUUAUUUACUGCAUGAUUAUGAUUCAUGUAUUCUUUGUCAAUUUCUUUGUUCAAUUAGAAAUAGGAUACUAGGUUUUAUAACAAACAUAGAAUUUUUUUUGAUGUGUUUGAUAUAUUAUGUAAUAAAAAACAUGCAUUCAUUAUUUUCAAUUUCAAAAAUCAAAAAAAAAUUGUUUGAAAAAUGUUUACAUGUAUAGGUAUUUUUUAUGCUGAAAUCAAAAAUAUUUUAAAAUACAUUGUGCUUGGUUCACAUUAUUAAUAAGAGUUUGGUGAAAAUUUCCUUCAGAGCAGCUGAUGCAUAUUUUGUACUGCCUGGUAGUGUAUCUUCAAUGUUUUAUUUUGUAUCAUUCCAUAAAUGUACAUUAUAUUUUACAAAAAAAAAGGAUCCUUGUUUUUAUUUAAGUUGAAAUAUAUGCUGAAAUUAUCUACACUUUUUUAAUGUACACAACUUUUGCAUUGUAGGUCUUGCUUUUGAUUUUGAUUAAGUUGAAAUAGGUUUGUUUAUGAUUGAACAAAUUUUUUUAUAAAAAUAAUGUUCCAUUUGAUUAUGAAACUUUUUUUCUAGAUGUACUUUAUAAGGUACAUGUAUAAUCUCUACCUCCAUGAUUUUCUUUCACUGCGUACCAGCUAUUUAAUGUCUCUGGUAUAUAUUUUUUUAAAAUAAUCUGUAUUGUGAUCGUGAAAAUUAGUCUCCGCGACUUAGUUUAUCAGUAAGAGUGUUAUAUAAAUCACGAAAUAAAGAUGUCACGAUUUACCAGUUGGUUUUCAGUAAAGUGUGCUCUCAACGAUGUUAGUGCUUGUAGUGCUUCUGAACUAGUUGGUGAAUCUGAUCAAUGUUAAUAACAAUAUACUGUGGUGUGUGUGUUUAUGUGUGUUUUGUGGCUGGAUUUUUCCACGCUGUAUUUUAUAUGCUAAAUUAUGAAGUUUUGUCACACCGCAAAACGUUAAAUCGCAAAAAUAUGAUACCUGUAUAUUUUUUCUUUUGGUCAUCGAUUCAAAUAUCACAAAGUACAAAAUAGCUUAAAAUAAUUUGAAUGAAAAACAAAAACCAGGACACCCAGAUAAAAACAGAAUAUAUAGCAGGAACCAUAUGAAGUAAAAAAGGUGUCUUUUUUAACCUUGGAUAUUUUGAUUUUUUGUGUGUCAGACUUUUGUUCCAAAAAGAGGAACUUGUAUGAAAGUUUUACAUUCCUUGCUUUCUCUGAUGUAUGCAUUUGUUAUGAAUGGGAUUUUUUUCUGAUGUUCUGUAACAUGCAUUAGUGAUUUGUUUGCCAGUUUGAACUUUUUGGUGCAGUGUUAUACCUUCUGUGUACUUUUUUUAGAUUGUUAAAUUGUACUUCUCUAUUAUUGUUUUGCAUAAUAUUUUCAUAGUGAUCACUUUUUUAAAACAACAAUAUAUAUAUAAUAAGUAG